AUGAAAUUACACUGCCAAAUAGAAGUUAUCAAUAGAUUACACAGUACUUUAAAUAUAAGAUCUAGUGGCAAAUAUUUAAAAUCUACUCUGGCUCUGAUAAAGGAACCGAAAAGCGAAGCGGAAUAUAGUCUGCUACUAUUUUCAACUGUGAACAAAACUGGCACAAAAUAUCGUGUUAAAUCUGUGAAGCAAAUGUUUAUAAAGUUCAUAAAUGAAGGCAAAGCCACCAUACGCUUCGAAGAACCACCUCAUGACUUAUGUAUCAAAUGUGAACACAUACAAUUGAAAUGUUUCGUAAAACUGCUUAGGUCGUGCAUCGCCGGUGAUACAAAGAGCAUAAAUUUAGCAAAAUUAUCUAGUGUAGCCGUAACGCAUAAAGAAUCCCCUACAAAAUUGGUAAUACGUGAUCGGAGUGCUUUCCCUAACAAAGGAUUCCCAAGAACGUUGGAAUUUCUUACUAUAAGUGGACUUAACCUUUGCAAUUUCAGAAGAGACAUUUUAUUAUUAAAACAACUUGUUGUACUUGAUCUCAGUAACAAUGUCAUUGAACACAUACCACCAGAAUUCGGAGACAUGCCCAAUUUAGCUGAAUUAAAUUUGGCUAAUAAUAAACUCGGAGUAAAAGGAGUAAUAGAUUGGAGAUGGUUAUUACGUCUUCAGGUUAAGAAUAAGCUAAAACUGUUGGAAUUAAGUGGAAAUGAAUUAAAAUACUUGCCAAAAUCAAUAUGGAAAUUACAGAGUCUAGUUACUCUGAAGGUGGAUAAUAAUUUGUUGGAACAUCUGCCAAACACUAUUGGACGCAUGAACAAUCUUAGGUACCUCACAAUAGCUCUGAACAAACUCACAUCACUACCAUGCAGUAUGCUCCAACUCCGCCUGGAUUACAUAGAUGUCUCAGAUAACAAACUAAAUGAUAGAGAUACAGAACAAUCAAAAAUGGUUAAAAGGAAUCCCUGGGAAAUGUAUGUUAACAGUUUAGUAGACAUAGCAGCCAGAGUUGUUGUAAAACAGAAAAUUACUUAUGCUCCUAAUACUAUUCCAUGGACCUUGGUAGAAUACUUAGAUGAUGCCAACUCAUGUGUUUGUGGAGAACCCGUCAUGAAUAAAGAACAUUAUAGCUUUAAAGAGUACCAAUUAAAAUAUUAUUGUCAUGUUGUAGUGUCAGAUGAGAACAGGAAGGGUACUGUGUCAUUCCUAUGCUAUUACUGCUCGCCUAAAUGUAUGUGA